AUUAGUUGGCACUGUGGGAAAAUGCAUGCCCCAACAAAACAAUUUCUCUUCAGCCCGCCUUUGCUGUUCAGUCUCAUGCAGCCUGUGUAGCUCUUAUCACUUUUGGAGAUGCAGUUUGAAACGUCUGCAUUUCCCUCUACCUGACAGGUCUGCAGUUUCGAGUUGAAGCUGAAAAGAGGAGACAUGAUUUCCCCCAACUGCAGCAUUAAGGAUUUCAAGGAGUCCGUGUUCCCCACCGCCUACCUUCUCGUCUUUAUUCUGGGUCUCGUAGGCCACUUGGUUUCCAUGUACGUCUUCUUCAGAGUGUGGAGGAAGAAGAGGUAUCUGACUACAGUCAACCAGUUCAUGGUUAAUCUACUGGUGUCGGAUCUUAUGCUGGUGUGCUCAUUGCCCUUCAGGGCUUCUUACUACCUGUCUGGCUCUACUUGGAUUUUUGGCCGGGUGGCCUGCAGGCUCCUAUUCUACAUCUUCUACCUGAACAUGUACACAUCUAUCUACUUCUUGGUGUCCCUAAACAUCAUGCGGUAUUUGGCACUGAUUCAGCCAUACCGUUAUAAACACUUGCAAAAAUGGUGUAACGGACACCUGGUUUGUCUGUUAAUCUGGCUAUUCGUGGCGCUGACCUCCAGUCCUUUGCUGCUUUUGAGACGGUACACAAAUUCCAGCACAGACAUAGCUCAACAAUGCAUGGAGCUACGAAACAGCAACCAAACCAUCCAGCAUUUAAUCAUUAUGAACAAUGCAACUCUGUCUGUGGGCUUUCUGCUGCCUUUGGUGUGCAUCUUGUGGUGCUCCGUGUUUGUAGCCUAUAGAUUAUGGAAGCCUGGUCCAUCGCAGCGCAGAGUCGACAUCUCGAGGAAAAAAGCCUUCGCUUUGGUCAUCAUCAGCCUCAGCUUCUUCAUCAUCUGCUUUUUGCCAUAUCAUGUCAUGCGGACAGUCUUUUUACACACGGAGUUGGAUGUGAGCAAUAACAAUGCUGGCGACUCCUGUGAGACCCUCUGGCAAGUGCGUAAAGCCGCAGUGGUGACACUUUGUUUGUGUGUAUCCCACAGCUGCCUGGAUCCCAUCCUGUUCUUUUUUGUCGGAGAAAAUUUCAGAACUUUCUUCGCAAAGCUGCUGAGGAAAAAGAAAACAUAUACUGACAACAAAAAAAGGAUCCAGAAGGGGGCAGAGUUGCAGAACCUGCAGAAAUGAGACUCAAUAACAACAGGAGAAGUUCAAUUGCCUCAUCGAUUUGCAUAGGACAGCUGCACAUCAGAGGUGUUUUUGUUUUUGUUUUUUGGCUCAGUAUCUGUGUUUAUUUUUUACAGAAUAUUUGCAAGAUUUAAAUCAUCAUGUGUGAUAAGUUAUCAUGUAACACUAAAGGUUAUGUUCAAGAACUGUACCAUCAUCCAAACUUUCACUAAUGUAUUUGCCAGGUUAUAAAAAUCUCAUUUAUAUUGAUGCUUAUAAAACAUUUCUUUAUUGACAAACUAUUAUUACAUAAAAUGCUGUAUAUAUGCUUAACAUAUUGGAAUGUAGGAACAAAUAUUCAUACUGGAAACCUGGAAUUUUUUAUAAUUUUUUUUUAACCUUUUUCUGGAGAAAUGCUUAAUAAGUGAAAUAAAGAAAAAUAAUUCAUA